AUGUCAUUUUUAACCACUAUUAUUUUAACUUUAAUUAUUAUACUUAUACUUAAAAAUAUUAAAAAUAUUAUUAGUUGGUAUAAAGCUAGACAAAGAAAAUUUGAACUUGGAGAAAAAAUUCCAGGUCCAAAAAGAAUUCCUAUCAUUGGUAAUGCUAAUUUAUUUCAAGGUAAUAUUGAAGAUAUUGUGAGACGUAUUCAAGAGGAAGAUAAUAUUGGAAUAAAAAAUGGUGAUUCAUUAAGAAGAUUUUGGAUGGGUGAUGAUUUAGUUGUUCAAGGUUUGACAGCUGAAGCAAGAAAGAUAAUCUUUGAUAGUUCUGUUGAAAUAAGAAAAGGAUUUAUUUAUAAAUUUUUAGUUAAAUGGCUUGGAUAUGGUUUGAUAACAUCUGAUGGUGAUAAAUGGAGAGGAAGAAGAAAAAUGCUUACACCAACAUUUCAUUUUAAUAUGUUAAAAAAAUAUUUUGAUUCAUUUAAUAAUGAGAGUAAAAUUAUGAUGACUCAUUUUCAAAAAUAUUGUGAUAAAGAUAUUGAAGUUGAAGUUUAUCCAUUUGCUAAAAGAGCUGCACUUGACAUGAUAUGUGAUACUGCUAUGGGAGUAAAAGUAAAUGCACAAGAUAAUCAUGAUCAUGAAUAUAUUAAAGCUGUUGGAAGAAUAAAUGCAUUAACAUCAAUGUUUUUUAAAAAUAUUUUUUAUAGAUUUGAACCUUUUUAUUAUAUAUUUGGUAGAGGAUUUGAAAGAGAUAGAAUAUUAAAAACUUUAACUAAAUUUACUUCUAAUGUAGUAAAAGAAAAAAUUGAUGAAUUUAGAAGAAAUAAUGGAGUAAUUAAAGAGGAAACAUUUUUAUCUCAUCUUCUUGAACUUAGAGCAGAAAAUAGUUUGUCUGAUGAGGAUAUUAGAGAAGAAGUUGAAACUUUUAUGUUUGCUGGUCAUGAUACAACUUCAAGUCUUCAUGCAUUUUUAUGGUGGUCAUUAGCAUGUCAUCCAGAAAUUCAGAAUCGUGUUUAUGAUGAAAUUUAUGAUAUAUUUGGAAAUGAUGACAGAGAUGUAAAACCAGAAGAUUUAAAUAAAUUAAAAUAUACCGAAAUGGUUAUUAAAGAAACAUUAAGAAUGUUCCCAACAAUUCCUUUUAUUGUUAGAAGACUUAUAAAUGAAGUUGAAGUUUGUGGGUAUACUUUACCAAAAGAAACAAAUUUUAAUUUUCCAAUAAUUAUUGCUAAUUAUAAUGAAACUGUCUUCCCAGAUCCAUAUAAAUUUGAUCCAGAUAGAUUUUUACCUGAAAAUGUUGCAAAAAGAAAUGCAUAUGAUUUUACACCAUUUAGUGCUGGUCCAAGAAAUUGUAUAGGACAAAAAUUUGCACUGAAUGAAGUUAAAGUAGUUUUGUGUUGGAUGUUACGUAAAUUUAAAUUAAAUGCUAAAAGGCCUUUUGAAGAAGUUAAAGGUAUUGCUGAAGUGACAUACUGUCCUAAAGAGGGUCCUUAUUUAAUUUUUACAUCACGAAAAGAUACUUGUAAAUAG